AUGACUUCCUACAUUGAUAUGUUAAAAGAACAUUCGUCGAAACAAGCAGUUCGAAAAGAGCUACAAGGUAUGUUAAUCUUGAUGUUGCCGUUUCACAUCUUCGUUGUAAUGUAUAAUACUUUGUUUACUGUUGUUUUUAGAGAAACGAAAAAGUGAAGCUGUGGUAAGUGCCCAGGGAUUUACUCAUGCUAUUGUGGAUCAUUUGAACGAUAAGUAAGUGUUUUCCUUUUUGUUUAUUUUUAGGUAUUUAUAGUGUUAACAUAUAUAGUGUUAACGAACCAUGUCAUAAUAUAAUCAUUAGGUUUGAGUUUACAUUAAAUAACUUUAUUUUAGAGUGGCCAGAGCUUACCACAAUCAAAAACGACUAGAUGUAGAAGCAAAGAAGCUCCAGAAUAAUUCUGAGAGCCUUCAGAAAGUGGCAGCCGAGUGGAUCGAGAGUAUAGACAACUUCUCUUACUCGCUUAAGGUACUAGGAAAUGUCGAAACAUUUGCAAAAGCAAUAGAAAAGGAGUGUACUGUGAUUGCCAAAACGUUGAUGGAGAGUCACAAAGGUAACGACGAUUUAAAUUGA